CCACAUUUAUCCUCUUCUCUCCCUAUGGUGUACCCGUCUACAUUGUCGCAUAUAAAUCCACAACCACCCCUCAGUCUAGCUCAGCCAGAAUGAGCAUAAUCGCAACACCUCUAGCCAACCAACUAAACAAGCCACACCGACAAUGAGAACCCUCACUGCUACCAUUGGACUCGUCUGCGCUCUGGCAACAUCCUCCAUUGCCAACGCUGCUUUAUCUGGCUGUGCAAAGAACCUUGCUCUUAGAGUUACUAACAUCUAUGAGAAUGGCGACACUGAGUUUCAUUACGACUACUGUGAAAACAUCCACGACGGCCGCGGCUAUACUUCUGGCAUUGCUGGCUUCUGCACCGGCACAUCAGAUGCCUGGGUUGUGCUGCAGGAGUACCAUAGGAUGACAGGCGGUAAGGAUGAGUUCUCUCAGUACGAUGCAGUCAUGAAAAAGCUCGACAAGUCUGGCAGUGGAUCCACCACCGGGCUUGAUGGCUACUGCAAGACAUGGGAAAAGCUGGGCAAGUCCGACCCCAAGUUCCGCACAGCUCAGGAGAAGGUGCGCGACGAAAUGUAUUUUGAUCCGUCGCAGAAGCUGGCUGACAGCUUGGAUGCUCAGCUUGAUGUGACCCGCGCCCAGAUCUAUGAUGCCUCGAUCCAGCACGGCAUAGGCGAGGGUUAUGAUUCGAUUGGAGGUCUUAUCAAGAGGACGAACGAAUCAUUUAAAGCUGAUGCCAGUGGAUCAUCAGGCAGCACGCUCAAGGUCAACGGACACAAUGUCGAUGAAAUCGUUUGGCUGAACAAGUUCCUCAAGGUGCGCAUGGACGACCUGAAGAACCCGCACAACAAGGAGACGCAAAAGGAGUGGUCUGGGAGUGUCACCCGUGUAAAAUCGUACCAGUACAUUGUUGCCCAGAAGCAGUACAGGUGGGACAGCUCCAUAAAAGCUCUGGACAAUGAUGGCAAGGUCGCCGAAGUCAAAUGCAAGAUAUAGACUCUUGUUGCAUGCCAGCUCAAGUCAGAAAAUAAAUGGACUGUCUAGGAUGGUGGUAGCAUGCAGUAGCCUUUAUAGCUGUCAUAUGCGGAAAGACCGAACAAUUCCAGGCAAGCCAUAGCCUGUGAAUCCCGGUCCGUAUGGAAUGUGCC